AUGCUGGAAGCCACAGCAGAGAGGGGCCCUGAUCACAGCAUCAUUCCAAUAAAGCUGUCAACAUGGGGAACUGUGCCGAUUGCAUGAGACGUGUUUUCUGCCCGCCAAAGAAUACCAACGUCCGUAUCAGCCUGCCGGCUGUCUGCUUCGUAUGGCAGAUUGCAAUGAUCGUACUGUUUGGAGUUUUCAUCCGGUACGAUGCAGAAUCUGACAUACGACUUUGGCUGCAGCUCAAACACACCAACAACAUCACCAGCGACAUCGACAAUGACUUCUACUUCAGAUACCCCAGCUUCCAGGAUGUCCAUGUCAUGAUCUUUGUUGGAUUUGGUUUCCUCAUGACCUUCCUGAAACGCUACAGCUUUGGCGGUGUGGGCUUCAACUUCCUGAUCGGUGCCUUUGGUUUGCAGUGGGCUCUUCUCAUGCAAGGCUGGUUCCACGCGCUAGACCCAGACACCGGAAAGAUCUCAAUCGGAAUAGAAGGUCUGAUCAACGCUGACUUCUGCGUAGCCGCCUCUCUGAUUGCCUACGGUGCCCUUCUGGGUAAAGUAAGCCCCGUGCAGCUGAUGGUUGUCACCUUGUUUGGCGUCACACUGUUUGCUGUGGAGGAAUACAUAAUCCUCGACCUCCUUCAUUGCCGGGACGCUGGGGGCUCAAUGGUCAUUCACUGCUUCGGAGGGUACUACGGUUUAACCAUCUCCUGGAUUCUCUACCGACCAAAGCUAAACCAAAGCAAACGCCUCCAAGGAUCCGUCUACCACUCGGAUGUAUUUGCUAUGAUUGGUACACUAUUCCUGUGGAUGUUCUGGCCAAGUUUCAACUCGGCCAUCACAGACCACGGCUCUGGACAGCACAGAACAGCCAUCAACACUUACAUCGCCCUCGCCUCCUCUGUGCUCACCACCGUGGCCAUCUCCAGCGCGUCUGAGAAGAGAGGAAAACUGGACAUGGUGCACAUCCAGAACGCCACUCUGGCAGGUGGUGUUGCCAUGGGAACUGCAGCGGAGUUCAUGAUCACUCCUUAUGGUGCACUAAUCGUGGGUUUCUGCACUGGAAUCAUCUCCACUUUUGGCUACCUGUUUGUCUCGCCUUUCUUGGAGAAAUACCUAAAAAUCCAGGAUACAUGUGGUGUACACAACCUGCACGCUCUACCAGGGAUGCUCGGCGGCUUCAUAGGGGCCAUUGUUGCUGCAGCCGCCACUGAAGAGGUCUACAGCAGGGAGGGGUUGAUAGAGACGUUUGACUUUGAAGGGGAAUUUGCAGACAGAACAGUAGGAACUCAGGGAGGCUUCCAGGCGGCCGGCGUGUGUGUGGCUAUUGCAUUUGCAGUUGUUGGUGGAGCGGCUGUUGGUCUCAUUUUGAGGUUGCCUAUCUGGGGCGACCCCGCUGAUGACAACUGCUUUGAUGAUGAAGUGUACUGGGAGGUUCCUGAGGAUGACGAGGGCAUCCUUCCAGUUUUGGAGUACAACAAUCACAUGACACACAAGCGGCAAGACAUAUCCGAGUCAAACUUCUCUGUGGAACAAAGUUAGAAAAUCGCUCAAAUCCCUUUGAAUUUGAAUUUGAGUUGUGAAACGAUCCACCUUAUAAACAAUGUGCAUCUUCACAAAGAAAGGAACACACUGAUCCUCUGGCUCUCUUCUCUCGUGCCUUUUACACCCGUAAAUAGUUUGGUGAAUGAUUGGAAGGUUCACGUUAUGAUGGUAGUAAUCACAUUUCUCAUGAAUGGUUUUAUUUUGGAGGAAUUUUAAAAUACUUUCUCUUUUGUUUCGGUAAAAACCUCAAAUGCUUAAUAACUGUAAAAUAUCAGGUUCUGAAUCCAUUUGACUUGAUGGGAGGUUGAAGACUCUUUGUCAAUGCUGUGUAAGUUGAUUAUAAUGCACAGAAGAACUGAGAAAACUUUUGUACAGUUUUAUCUUAAAUAACCAUAGAACGUGAUGCCUUUUGGCUAUUGAUGUUUUUAAUUCUAUUUCUCAAUAAUGACGACUGUUUAAGAAUAAUCAAACGUAUUUAUGCAGCCAAAUUAUACAAUUUUUGAGCUUUAUGUAUUAGUAUAUACUAUAUUAUAUCUUUUAAGUGAUGUAUAGGUUUUUGUAAACUGUGUGUACAUAUGGUUUAAUCUUGUGUAUUAUUGUGUGUCAUAACUUGCUAGUUGCUUUCAGUAAGUACUGUGACUAUGAUACAAUUUCAAGCAAUUUGUUUGCUGUAUUGUUGAGUUGGGCUACCUUCAAUACACUAUGUGUGAUUGCAUGUGACAAUCUUCUUGUUGUCUAAAUUUUGACGUUCAUAAAUCACAAUUGGAAUUAAAACAA